ACCUCUACUGUGAUUGGCUGCUUUUUGCAAGUACUACGCUGUACGCUCUCAUUCAGAGGGUUGAAGGUGAAAUUUGCUGUUCUCUGUAUGCAGUUUUCCAUCGCGAUUAUGACGUCCUGCGCACUUUACAGUACACGCACACACCUGUGCAGACAAAUGGCACAUAAAUAUCUGAGCAGGACCUACAGCACACGACCAUCUCUAAAUGAAGUUGUCAUCGUCAGUGCAGUCAGGACUCCUAUUGGCUCUUUCAAAGGAAGCCUUUCCACAGUCCCUGCAACUAAACUGGGUUCCAUUGCUAUUAAAGGAGCCGUCGAGAAAGCAGGAAUUCCUCUUGAGGAGGUGAAGGAAGUUUAUAUGGGCAAUGUGUUGCAGGCAGGAGAAGGACAAGCACCAACCAGACAGGCUCUUCUGGGUGCAGGUCUCCCUAUAUCCACUCCGGCAACUACCAUCAAUAAAGUGUGUGCUUCCGGGAUGAAGUCCAUCAUGAUGGCCGCUCAGAGUCUCAUGUGUGGGCAUCAGGAUGUGAUGGUUGCUGGUGGAAUGGAAAGCAUGUCUCAGGUUCCUUAUGUUAUGGCUAGAGAAGCGCCUCCUUAUGGUGGUGUGAAGAUGGAGGAUCUGAUUGUUAAGGAUGGGUUGACGGACGUCUACAACAAAUUCCACAUGGGCAGCUGUGCUGAAAAUACAGCUAAGAACAGCGGUAUCUCCAGGGAGGAGCAGGACGCGUUUGCCAUCAACUCGUACAGCCGCAGCAAAGCAGCAUGGGAGUCCGGCAUCCUGGCCAAGGAAGUGGUUCCUGUGAGCAUUCCUCAGAAAGGAAAACCAGACAUCGUUGUGAAGGAAGAUGAAGAAUAUAAGAAGGUUGAUUUCAGCAAAGUCCCCAAACUGAGGGCUGUGUUCCAGAAAGAGAACGGCACAGUGACGGCAGCCAACGCUAGCACGCUAAACGAUGGCGCGGCGGCUCUCGUGCUCAUGACUGCAGAUGCGGCAAAGAGACUCAACAUCACGCCGCUUGCAAAGAUCGUUGCUUUCGCUGAUGCUGCUGUCGCCCCCAUCGAUUUCCCUAUCGCUCCAGCCUUUGCCGUCCCCAAGGUCCUAAAAGCAGCCGGUGUGAAGAAAGAAGACAUUGCCAUGUGGGAGAUCAACGAGGCCUUCAGUGUCGUGGUGCUGGCCAACAUCAAGAUGUUAGAAAUCGACCCCGACAAAGUCAAUAUCAACGGAGGAGCUGUUUCUCUUGGACAUCCAAUUGGAAUGUCAGGGGCGAGAAUCGUUGGACACAUGGUGCACAAUCUGAAAUCGGGACAGUACGGCCUGGCCGGAAUCUGCAAUGGAGGAGGUGGCGCCUCCUCUAUUCUGAUCCAGAAAUAUUAGGACUUGCACUUUAAUCUACAGAAUGCAUGUAGGAUUUGGUCCUUGUGCCAGAUAUAUCAUCAUGCCUGCAUUAUUGAUGCGAGGUCAGUCCUGUUUUUUCUUAAAAUAAGAAACAAACUUGUGAAUGGUCAUACUGUACAAAUCUCUCUGCUCUUGUUACAUAUUUUGUUACAUGGUGAUCAUUCUCAAAAUAAUGGUUUAAUAAAAGGGUUUAGAAGGUUAAAGUGUGUGUUUGCACUGAAAUAGAUUAUUGGUUGGUUUCGUUGAUGUUGAAUGUGUGAUGAAUAUACUCAGAAAUAACACAAUGCAUUUCACCUGAAUGAACACCAGAUGGUGUGUGCUUUGAGCUCUGUGUGCUGAUUGGCUAAUGGAUGCUUUUCACAGACUAUAAUGGGGCAGUGAUUUAAAAUCUUGAUUCUCACAAAGGUUUAAAAAAAACAACUAAUGUACCAUUAUGUCAUGACAUUUUAUUUUCCCAAAGUAUUAAACUACAAACAAAAUAGUAAAUUUGACAUAUUUUACUCUUCUUAAUCUUUAAUCAGUCUCUAUAUAUUUUCCUCAUUUGGAAAGUCAAGUUUUUUUUUUUGUUUUUUUUUAAUGAAAAAGAUUUUGUAAUAUUACAUUUGAUUGUUAAAAAAAAGAGUGGGAAAAACCAACGACAAAAAGCAAAACAAAAUGAAUAAUAAUGAAAUAAUUCGAAAUCAGUUUAUUUUUAUGAUAGAUCACUAUUACCUAUACAGUAGCAUUGCCUUAGAAUCACAUAAUUACAUUUUAAGUUCAUACUGUAUGUGCAAUAUCUCAAGUUUCAUCAUUACAAUGUGUUACUGAUGUUCCUGGUUAUUGAGUCCAUGAGGAUCUUUUUUUUUUCUUUUGCAGAAGUUAUGCUAAUUUAUGUACUUUAUUUAUUAAAUUACCUGUGUUACUGGAUCAUUUGUUAAAUAAUGUUUUGCCAAAGGGGUAGAACUAGAAGCAACUAGAUGCUAAAUAUGUCAAUGACAAUAAAGAGGUUAUAAUCCAAUCAAAAACUAAA